AUUUCAUGCGGGCAAUCAAAAGCCCAACAGUCAGCCACUUGAAUAUCGUACAAGUUACUGUCGUCUUUGAGAUAAAUGAAGAUGGUUACUGGUUCUCCUAUGGGUAGUGGUGCUUCGAUAUUGCUUGUCUGAAAGAGAGUUCAAGAUGGUCCUGGUGAAGGCUAUCCUGUUGUCCUGCCUGAUUUUGGCGAUUCAGGGGGGUACCCUGAUGCCCAUAGAGCCGACGAAGGGAGGGGUGAUUCCACUACCUCAGACAGUGAUGCAAACCGAAGAAUUUUUCACCGUGACUCCUUCGCUGUUAAGGUUUAGGCUAACCGGAAACACAUGUUCGAUCCUCGAAGAAGCCCUGACCAGAUAUUGGAAGUUGAUAUCCAACAACUACUCUUCGCACAUUCUCAAGAGGUAUUCCCAAAGGACCAAGGCCACUUGGAAGCAAAGCACCAACUAUAUCAGAAGACUGGAUGUGGUUAAGAUAAAUCUGCUCGACAUCUGCACCGACACCGAUUUCCCUAGUUUGAAUGGAACGAAUGAGAGCUAUAUCUUAGAACUAACUGAGUCCGACCAGAUUCUCACCGCUCGUUCAGUCUGGGGCAUGCUGAGAGCUUUAGAAACCUUCUCCCAGCUCAUCUACGAAGAUGAGCAAUCCUCAACGUUGAGAUUGAACUCGACACGAAUAAGCGAUUACCCAAGGUUCCCCCACAGAGGUCUUCUCUUGGAUACGUCACGUCACUUCAUUCCAGUUAAAUACAUAUUGAAAACUCUGGACGCGAUGUCCUACAAUAAACUCAACGUUUUCCACUGGCACAUCGUUGACGAUCAGAGUUUUCCCUAUAAGAGCACUAGCUUUCCCCAAUUGAGCGAGAAGGGCGCCUAUCACCCUGUAGAGGCUGUCUAUCAACCGGAAGAUGUGAAGGAAAUCAUCGAGUAUGCCAGAAAGCGUGGUAUUCGUGUUUUGGUUGAAUUCGAUACACCAGGACAUACUUUAUCUUGGGGUAAAGGUGUCGCAGAUAUUCUCACGAAGUGUGUUGGUAUUUCCGACCAAUACGGUCCGAUGGAUCCUUCCUUACCCAAUGUCUAUAAGUUUCUGACUGAAUUCUACAGUGAAAUCUCCAAGGUUUUCCCGGACAAAUACGUUCAUUUGGGAGGUGAUGAAGUACCUUUUGAUUGUUGGCAGAGUAACCCGAAUAUAACGAAAUUCAUGGAAACCCUGAAUAUAACAGGUGACUACGCAGCCCUGGAAAGUUAUUUCAUCAAAAAUCUUAUUGGGAUAGUAACGAAGGAAGGUUUGAGCCCCAUUGUUUGGGAGGAAGUGUUCGAUAAUGGGGUUAAAUUGACGAAUACGACCAUAGUGCAUGUUUGGAAGGACGGAUAUCAGCACACAUUGAAUAAGGCAACCCAAGCAGGCAAACCGGUGCUUUUAUCAUCUUGUUGGUACCUAGACCAUCUGGGCGGUGUGAAAGAUUGGCAGAAUUUCUACAAAUGCGACCCGUACAACUUUCCGGGUUCUGGUGCCCAAAAAGAAUUGGUCCUAGGAGGUGAAGCUUGCAUGUGGAGUGAGAUGGUUAAUGAGAAUAAUCUGAUGUCGAGAGUAUGGCCAAGAGCUUCUGCAACAGCGGAGAAAUUAUGGUCAUCCAUCACUGAUUGGAACGAACCUGAGGUCACCGAUGCCCAGUUGGACGAUAUGGCUAGGAGGCUCGAAGAGCACACUUGCAGAAUGAACAAGAGGGGGGUUGGUGCAGAACCAGCCAGCGGACCCAGUUUCUGUUAUUAAUUUAGUCACAAAUAAAAUUAAAGCAAA